AUGCUGAAUCCCUAUUCUCGUUUGGUUCCACCUCUCCUCUUAUGCUCCCUGCACGUAAUUCCCUCCUUUGCAAACUUCCUUUCCCCUCUCCCCACUCUCUCCCAUUCCCUGUCAUGUUCCAUCUCACCCUCCCUCCCCGCCCCCCCUCCCAACACCUCCCUUUCCACCCCCCCACCUCCCUUUCCAACCCUCACACUCUUUCUCUACCCUUCACCCUCCCUUCCCACCCUUCACCCUCCCUCUCCACCCCUCACCAUCUCUCUCCACCCCUCUCUCCCCAGCAUAUUCGCGGACGUGGUUAACGUCUCAGCCUUCGCCCUUGUAAUCUGCUACGGCAUCCGCUCCUUCCACGGCUUCUCCCACCUCUCCGCCUUCACGGGCCUCUCCAACGCGCCCAUGGCUCUCGGCGUGGCAGUCUACGCAUUCGAGGGCGUCGGCAUGACUCUCCCUUUGGAGGCCUCCAUGAAACAACCCAGCCGGUUCCCCUCGGUGCUCGCCCUCGGUCUGGGGAUCAUCUCAGUGACUUACGCAGUGGUGGGCCUGGCGGGGUAUGUAGGAUACGGGGAGGAGACUCAGGAGAUUAUCACGCUGAACUUGCCGCCGGGGUGGCCAUCAGAAGCAGUGAAGCUGGGAAUCUGCGCUGCUCUUUUCUUCACAUUCCCUGUCAUGAUGCAUCCUGUGCAUGAGAUUUACGAGCGCCGGCUCUACCUCUCCCCCUGGGUGCAACGGCACGUGCUUUCGAACAAUGCUCUUCGCCGCACGCUCUUCCGCUCUCUCCGUUCGCUGGCUGUGCUGGCAGUGGCGCUGGUGGCUGUGGGCCUGUAA